AUGAUGCCUGGGGGCUUAUCCGACACCGAGCCUGCUACUCCAGAAGUCCAGCAUAUCGCUGACGAGGUGAAGCCCCAACUUGAAAGCAAGCUAAACAAGACAUAUGACAUCUUUAGAGCCAUACAAUAUAGGUCUCAGGUGGUUGCUGGGAUGAACUACUAUAUUAAGGUCCAAGUUGCUGAUGAUGACUAUGUCCACUUAAGGGUGUAUGUGCGCCUUCCUCAAGAAAACCAAGGUCCCACACUUGAGGGUUUUGAGACUGGCAAAACCAGAGAUGAUCCUCUGUGA